ACCUAGACGGCACGGCGAGAGAGAAACCAUCCAGGUAAAGGUGUUCAUUUCUCACCUCUUCCAUAGACUAGUGGUUGAAGACAAAACAUUUUUUUCGUUCGUUCGUUCGUUCAGUCAUCAGAGAACCCGUACUACCUUUGUUAAUCGGUAAAGUGAAAUCGACUGUUUUCUUUGGACAUUUUCCUAGAUACUUGCUCAAUAAUGGCAUUCAGGUUUACUUGUUUUCGCGACGACUAGUAUAGUAACUAAUGGUUCUUAUCAGCGAUGAUGUUCUGUAGCGACGCAUUCGGGGCAAAAAAUAUCGAUGCCGACAACAAGCUGUGUAAACUUCUGUGCUGAACGAUACAGUUUAAUAAUUGUUCCCCCUAAACUGGAGUCUAUUAGGGUGGGGUGCUUCAGCAGGUAAUUCUACGUGGCUCCUAGUCCGCGAUAUUGAUCAUCGAUCAUAGCUAUGCUCAUCCGAUGGCUACGGUUACAUUGCGGCGCGAGUCAGCUCCAUCAAGUAAUAUUUACAGUUAUAAUAUGGAUCAUCAUAGGUCCGGUCGCCAAUGGACAGCGAUCUGAGCGCGGUCCCGUUCCAGGGAAUCCAAGUGGAACAAAUCACCCGAGUGGUAAAUAUGAGUACGAGUACCAUCCGGAGUGGCCUCGACAGAUGAACCGAGCGUUGGGUUCCGUUUCGGCUGUUGCUUUCGAUUCUGGUGGCGGCGUGGUGAUCUUCCAUAGGGGCUCACACGUUUGGGAUAUCAGCACCUUUGAUGAGGGUAAUCGGUAUCUUCAGGUCCAGAGUGGUCCGAUCCAAGAAUCGACGCUGCUGACCUUCAACGGUGACACCGGAGGGUUGAUUAAGGAAUGGGGUGCUAACUUAUUCUACAUGCCCCACGGAUUGACGAUCGAUCGUCACGACAACUUCUGGCUAACGGAUGUCGCCAUGCAUCAGGUGUUCAAAUUCAACCCAAAACUGUCCACGACCGAACCCUCGCUAACCCUGGGGAUCCGCUUCGAGCCGGGCAGCGAUCGACACCAUUUCUGUAAACCCACCUCGGUCGCGGUGCUGGACAGUGGAGACUUUUUCGUCGCCGAUGGUUACUGCAAUGGUCGGGUGAUGAAGUACGCUUCCGAUGGUACCUUGUUGAUGAGUUGGGGCAAGAAUUCUUUCGUAUUGACCCGGACCUUCCUGAUGCCCGACGGACCGGUGCCGGAAAGUUUCUUCGCCAUUCCACACGCCUUGACCUAUGCGGCAGAUAAAGGUUUGCUGUGCGUGGCUGAUCGUGAACAGGGUCGAAUACAGUGCUUCCAUGCUACGAACGGUACGUUUCACUCGAUGUACAGCAGUCCGGAAAUAGGUCAUCGACUUUUCAGCGUGAAGUAUGUGCCUUUGGAUGGGGGGAUGUUCUACGUGAUUAAUGGACCACCUUUGGGAACCCUUCCGGUCCCGGUAACUGGAUUCCUACUUUCUAUGAACCAUAACGAAGUGGUAGCGAAGUUUCAUCCAAAUAGCCCCAGCCAACCGGGGGCGUUCAACAAUCCCCACGAGUUGGCCGUCAGCCCAAGCGGGGAUGAUAUCUACGUAGCAGAGCUGCUACCAACCAAAGUGCAUAAGUUUAAACUGAAACGAUCCCUUGUCCGAUCGUCCUCAGUAAGUCAGUCAACGAUCGAUUCAACAGCCAUUUCCGAUACGCUGUACGCCAGUUCUCUAACACUGGUAACUAUCAUUGCAAGCCUUCUGGGAACCAGUUGUUUGAUCAUGUGCUUAUUUCGAACGGUUUGCUUUAAAUCAGGUGGGUUCCGGAGGAGGCAAAGGUUUUCCACUCCCGGAGAGAAUAUUGCCCUGAGGACUUUAAGCCAAGCCGACGAAGAACUGGGUACGUGACGAUUUUGAACUUUUGAAGAAUCUUUGAAAGUAUUGACUGAUUUUGUUUUUUUUUUUUAUUAUUCUAAUUUAUUCCUUCCCACUCUGUGAUUAACAUAUCGAAAUAGACAAUACAUGCAGCUAAGACACUUAAA